CAAAAUUUUCAACCUGGAAGUAAGAUUUAUAUAUUCAAAAUCAAUGGAAAUACAGACUGCAAGCAGUUCAGCAGCCAUGAAUAAUGACCCCAAGCGUCUCCAUAAAUGCAGAAACAUCUGUUUUGCAACCAUGGGUGGGUUAAUAUUUAUCAUAAUCCUCAUUGUAAUCUUAGCUUUAACCGUUUUCAAGCCCAAAAACCCCGUAGUAACAGUCGACUCAGUCACCUUAGCCGACCUGAAGUUUUACCUAGAUACGACAAAGUUCCAAGUGUUGUUCAACGUUAGCCUGGACGUGGAUCUCUCCAUCAAGAACUCCAACAAAGUGGGGUUCAAGUAUGCUGACUCGACCGCUGAGAUGAACUACAGGGGCCUGAAAGUAGGCGAGGUUCCAAUUCCAGCCGGUAAGAUUUCUGCAGAUAAAACGGCUCCGAUGAACUUGACGGUAACAGUCAUGGCGGAUCGAUUCAUCUCAGACUCAAACUUUUUCGCUGAUGUUUCGGGUGGUGAACUGCCUUUGGAGACAAUUUGUGAGAUUUCAGGCAAGAUUAAUAUCUUGAAUCUGUUUAAGUUUCAUGUUGUUUCUACAACUUCAUGCGACAUCAUUGUCUUUUUGUCUAAUUCAAGUGUUGGAGACCAAAACUGCAACUAUAACUAUAAGGUGUAAUAUUUUCUUCUUCUUUUCCCUAUUUUUAGGAUUAUAUAUGCUGUUUUGCUGCAGUUUUUAUUUAUAGUUGUAUACAGGUUUUUCUUUACUUCUACACUUUAUUGUUUAUUAUUGUAAUUUUCGGAUUAUAGAGAUGGUAUUUAUUAUUUUGUUGGUUA